GGGAAGAAGAAAAUGAGUAAAAGGGUAAAACAAACAAAAAGAAGCGACAAAGAAAAAAGGAAAACUAACCAGAAACUCCGGCGUCUCUCUCUCACUCUCUCUCAUCAAUCCAUAUUCUCUCCAUUGCCUUUCUUUUCACUUCAUUUCUGGGCUCUCUGUUUCCCUUUGGCUGGAGCAACGAUUCGUUGCCAGAGAAUAGUAAUCAUGCCUGUUUUCCCAGAGAGCAGCACAAUUGGGGACCAAAUCAGGCUCAGAAGGUCCAGUAGAAACCACUUCAAUUCCCAUUAUCUUCAUCGCCAUCAGCUAGACCCAGCAGCAGCAGCCGAAACAGAUCCCAACCCACAACUCUCUCGCCCUGCCAAAUCCACCACCAUCUCUUCCCUUUUCAUCUCUCCAUUCUCCGCCAACUCAACUGAACCACCCAGCGUCACCAUCGCCAACAACAACACUAGUGUCGGCGUCAAGAAGAAGGGAACCGCUGCUUUCAGAGGCUUGGGAUGCGCUGCUGGGGCUGCCCGUCAGGUGUCUGUUCCGGCGGUGAUAAGGUCAUCGGCGGAGUGGGAUGGGAAGAAAGUAAAGAAGAAGAUGAAGAAAAAAGCUGUGGUUGCGUCUCCCGCUCCUCCCCCGCCGCAGCAGCAGAGGAGGAAGAUGAGCGAGCAGCAGGGGGUUAGCGAAGAAAGGAGCAGCAGUGAUGGGUUAAAUUCUCAGGGCAAUUGUAUGGUGAUUCAGGAUGUUUGGUGUGGCCCUGGAAUUGGGUUUUCUGGGGAUGCUGUUGUUGAUUCCGUGGACUGUGUUGUCACCAGAAGAAACUUGCCGUCUGCGAGAGGCAGGAUUGAUGUCGAGAAAUUCAUCAAUUCCAGGGAGAGGGAAAGGGAAAGGGAACGGGAAAGAGAGCGUCCUUGUUUAACGUCGAGGCGAGCAGCACCGGCUGACCCUGAAGCCUUCUCAUUCUGGGACGCGGAACCUGCUGCCUUUGCAACUGUGAGGCCAGAACCAGAAUUGUUUGGAACUACUAGGUAUUACCGACGUGCUCCUCCUGAUGGACUUGCUGAGGUCUUGAUGCUCCAGAAUGGUUUCGUGAUGGGAGGGCGGAUGGAUAGGUUUAGUGCCUGGAGACUUGACAUUGAUGAUAUGUCAUACGAGCAACUGCUGGAGCUAGGUGAUAAAAUAGGGCAUGUAAGUACGGGACUGAAAGAAGAUGAGAUUGCGCACUGCAUCAGGAAGUUUAAGUUGUCGGUCCUAAAUGAGCUAUCUUCGCAUAAUAUAAAAGUAAUCUUGGAAAAGAAAUGCAGCGUUUGUCAGGAGGAGUAUGAAGGAGAUGAUGAGGUGGGGAAGUUGGAAUGCGGGCAUGGGUUUCACAUACAGUGUAUCAAGCAGUGGCUGGCAUAUAAGAAUAAGUGCCCAGUAUGCAAAACUGAACCACUGGCUAGAAGAAGCUGAAAAGAGGAAGCAUUCAUUCUGUCAACUCUUUAUCUCAUCUAUCCAUUUCCCGCCUUCCUGGCUGGGUGGUAAUGUGCUCUACAGCUACCUGUAUAGUUUUCAUUUCCAAAAUCGCAGAGAAAGGAAAAUGUUAUGAUUCAUUGAUUCUCCUGAGGCUUGAAAAAUCAAACUGAACCCCAGACCAAAACCAAGUCCCCCACCGAUCAAAUUUCGGUUUCUCACUUCACUUGACAGCAUUGGUUUUUAAUUUAAUGAUGAUUGAUUGUGCUGUGUUUAAGCUUGUCAUCAA